AUGACCAUGAUCAUGAGAAACAUAUGGCAUAGAAGAAAUAAGUAUGUGUUUGAGAAAAAAUUAUUGUCUCCUGCUAGUGUUGUACAGAUUGCAUUAUUAGGUUAUGAAGAUUAUAAGCUGGCUCAAGAGUGUGUAAGGGGGGAGAUGGAUAAAAAAGCUACCAAGCAAACAAUGAAGGAAGGUAAUGGGUGGAGAAAGCCGAAGGAUUCAAUGCUAAAAGCUAAUUUUGAUGCUGCUACUUGUGAGUCUUCUAGAAGAUUGGGGAUUGGGGUGGUAAUCAGAGGUGGUGAGGGUGAAGUUUAUGCUGCAAAAUGUGCUGUAAAAGUGUUCAAUGGCUGUAUGUUUGCUGCAGAAUGUUUUGCAUUAUGGGAAGCCAUGGUUUUAUGUGAAGAUUUGGGGUUAGGGAAUGUCCAGUUUGAAGGGGAUGCAAAGGGAGUUAUUGAUGCAGUAAGAAGGGGGGAUAAGGAUGACUCUAGUGCAGGACAUUUGGUGGAGGCUUUGCAGCAGAAAAUAAAUUCUUUUUUCAAAUGGAAUGUGAGCUUUAUUCGAACAGAGGGCAAUGAGGUUGCUCAUCAAUUAGCUAAGAUGGCAUUGAACUAUGAAGAGGAUAGGUAUUGGGUUGAGGAGGGCCCUGAGGAAAUUGUUAAUCAAGUUGUUAUAGAUAAAAUGUAUGAUGUAACCGAAACUGUUUGA